AUGCACACCUCAAAACGCUCCCCCACACCUCCCUCCUCCUCGCCAUCCGCCCUGCACAUUUGCAUGCAGGUGAACGAGAUGGCAUCGAAGCACCACCCACAUCUGGUGCGGCUGCUGGGGUUCUGCAUCGAUUACAACGAGGCCACGGAGCAGACGGAGCAGAUCCUCAUCUACGAGUUCAUGCCCAACGGCGACCUCGAAUGCUGGCUCGGCCCUGCUGCCGCCCAGCCGCUCUCUCUGCUGCAGCGCUUGGAUGUGAUGAUCGGAGUGGCGGAGGGGCUGCAGUACUUGCACAGCUUUGGCAUCGUGCACCGCGACAUCAAGCCCGCCAACAUCCUGCUGGAUUGCAACUUGCAGGUGGCACCAUUCAUAGCAGCCAACGACGGAGUGACCUUCAAAGACCCGGCAUUGGACGCCCCGCCAGACAUCAUUCUGCGCCUGGCACGCCUGGCGCUCAGCUGCACCGCCAUGCCCACUGUGCUCCGCCCCAACUUAAUUAAAAUACUUGCUGAAUUGGAGGCUAUGCGCGAGGAGGUCAGUGGUGCCACCCGUAACCGUAUGGCGAGGCGGAUUGACAUGGAGAUUGACGACAAGCAGGGGCACAACCUGGAGGAGGAGGUGGCGAAUGCAAUUAAAUUAGGGUCGAGCGGAGAUGGUGAAGAGAGUAAGAAACGCAGUGAGUGA